AUGAAAUCAAUCGCUCUUUCACUGUCCUUGUUGGCCGCUUUGGCUGGCGCCCAAACCACUGUCACUGAAAACUUCUAUGCUACUAUCUCCUUCAAGGAAUUUACGAAGUCUCAUCGUCCUAGCUCUGCUACUUCGUCAGGUUCCAGUGGCGCUAUCAUCUCGACCUCUCCAACUGGUCAGUCUCCAUCCAGUGGGAUUAUUUCGACCUCUCCAUCUGGUCAAUCCCCAUCCAGUGGGAUUAUCUCGACCUCCCCAACUGGUCAGUCUCCAUCCAGUGGGAUUAUUUCGACCUCUCCAUCUGGUCAAUCCCCAUCCAGUGGUAUCAUCCCAACUUCUCAAGGUUUCUCAAGCUCUGGACCCCAAACUGGCUCUUCCAGUCAAUUCAGUGUACCAUCUGCUAGCUCCUCUUUCAAGUACUCAAACUCUACUUCUUCGAAUGUCGUCAGCACUAGUGCUCAAGCAGGUAUAGUUCUUAUCCCAUCACUUUCCUCAAGUCCAAACCCUGUGACCGCUGGACAGGCUUUAGUCGUCACCGCCGCAUCCUCUAUCGAGUCGUCAGUUUUAACUAGCGCAGAAGCAUCAACUACUUCUAGUACCACUUCAUCCAGCUCAACAUCUAGCACAAGUACUACCACUACCCUGGAUAGUGCUACUGCCACCAUUAUCUUGAAUGAGCACAACAGAUUAAGAUCUCUACAUGAAAACACUCCACCAUUGACCUGGAACGAUGAUCUUUCUGCUUGGGCUUACACCUACGCCAACUCUUUGAAAAACACUGAUUAUGACCCAUGUUCAGGUAACCUAUUGCACUCUUCUUCAAGAGACAAUCAAGGUGAAAACAUUGCUUUCGGCACUUACUCUUCUCCAGAAGCCCUAGUCGACUAUUGGUACGAAGAAAUUAAUGAUUAUGAUUACAAUGACAUUACUGGUGUUGUUCACAACGGUCAGGAUGUUGGUCAUUUCACUCAACUGGUUUGGGCUUCUUCCACUCAGGUCGGCUGUGCCGCCAUCGAAUGUCCUGCAAAUGACGGUACAUACUUGCUGUGCGAGUACACACCUGCUGGAAACGUUUACAUGGUUGGUACUGAUGACACCUACGAAGAAUUCAGAAGCAACGUUCUACCAUUGAAAAGUGGUGCUUAA